AGGAGCCUUGCAAAGAGCUUUCGUCGACAUUGCGUGGACGGAGCAUUGCAUUAAACAGCUGAAGUGAAAGGGGCGAACAGUGGUUUUAAAGACUAUCACGAGUUCAUAAUAAUAUGCUUCUGGACUUGCUGCAGGCCUAAGAAAGCAAUUUUGUGGUAGUGUCGUAGAAUCACGUCGAAAUGGUGGAUCACCAGCCUUCCAUCGUAAAUUUCGAUGAGCCCAGCCAGAUGUUGUCCGACUUGCCAUUCCAAAAUGAGGAUGCAGACCUAUACAGCUGGAUCGAGGGCCUGGCAAGCACCGCGGCUCCCCAAGAAGGCAAUGGGAAGCUGGAUGCAAUGGACAGGGCAGUAAAGGGGGCAAUGCUGCAUGAAACCCCAUCUUGGCUACCCCCAGGCGGUCUGGGCGAUCCUGCGCCCCAGCCUCUCUUCAAGCACACCAGCAAUGUCAGCACAUUGCACAGCGGAUCGAGCGAUGCCUCUCAGACGAGGAUGGUGCCUGCCCCGCACUUUCCCAUAGAGGCAGACGACCUGUCCCUACCCCUCCCAGAUGCCUUUGUGCCAGCGCCUCAGACGCCUUCAAUGGAGGCACCAUACCUAGUGCCCGACCUCCCCAGGGUGAUGGUGCAAGCUGCCACGCCGGCGAUUUGGAACCAGCAAUUCCCACAGCCUCCAUCGACGCUCUGGCCACCCAUGCAACCUGUGGAUGCUGGCAACAACGGCUAUGCGUCCUCGCCAGUGGGUGCCAUGUCGGCGGCCGGGCAGGGGCUGACGCCGGCGGAGAGCGGCGGGAGCAGCGAGGGCGGCCGCGAGUCAAGACCGGAGGACAAGAACGAGCUCAGGAGCUCCACCAGCGUGCCCAAGGCCGACGCCUGGAAGGAGAAGAACCGCCUCGCGCAGAGAGCCUUCCGACAGCGCCAAAAGGAGAAGCAGAAGGCAUCGGAACGGCACAUCGAGGAGCUGUCUGAGCGGGUGCAGUCCCUGGAACUGGAAAAGCGGCAGCUGCAGAUGGCACUUGAGCGAGCUUCAACCGCCACCAAGGCCGCGGCAGCGCAGAAUGGGGAGCAGAAGUCGCCGGACGAUGCGGUGGCGAUUGCACUGAAGCUUGGAGAGCCGACGGUGCAGCUGCAGCUCAGUGUGGGGGAUGUGAAGGUCAUGACUCUGGAGCGCAUGGUGCACAUCUGGAAGACGAUGGUGCACAAGAUUGGGCAGUAUCUGCCUGAGGCAGAGCAGUCGCCUGGGGGCCUCAAAUUCCACUGCCUAGAGGACAUGGCAUUUGAGGCGCGUCUGCUGCUGUGGGCGAUGGUUGAGCACAACAUGCGCAUGCUCAGCGACUUCAUCAAGUGCAACAUGGAGAACCUGUCCUCGCCGCGCGUCGCCGACCAGGCCUUCUGGAUCAACAUGCUGCGGCGGCUGCAGCUGACGUCAGCCCAGCAGGCGGCGCUGGUGGCGGCUCGGAGGGCCAUGCUCGCCAACAUCGGCGUGCUCCUUGCCGAGCGCGAGGAGCUGGGUGCCAAGAUCAGGAGCAUAGAGGAUGUGGAGGACACGAAGGACGGCGUGAAGAUGCACUUCCAGGAGCUGUCGGACUUGUGCGAGAAGGUCCGCGCCAACGUGGACGCCAUCCACGUGUGCAAGUGCUACUACAUGUCCCACGCCUACCGCGAGAUUCUGGCGCCGGUGCAGUGCGCGCGCUUCAUGUACUAUUCCUACCCCUACGGGAUGGACAUGCUGUCGCUGAUGACCUGCGCGGCCAAGGAGGCCGGCGAGCCGUCGACGCAUGCGCUGCUGCGCGCCGUGCAGCCGAGCGCGGCCGGCGGCCCCAGCCACAAGCUCGCCUCCAUAGACUGGUCUCAGGCCAAGAAGCUCGCCUUCCAAUGA